AUGCAAGAUCCAGGACUGGGGACGGCGAGCGGCCACACCGGUUCCCUCCCGGCGCCCUCCCUGGGGGCGUGGUCGCCGUGGAGGCUGCGGGCCGCCGGCGCCGGCUCCCUCCAGGCCGCGCUGCUCGGCGCCGGGUUCGCCCGAGACAACCGGGCCGCUGCCUACGCUGCCGAGGCGCUGGAGCGCUGGUCGGCGCUCGCCACGUGCCUCGCGGGCGGCAGACUGGACCGCGGCACGGCGGCGGCCAGCGAGCUCCUGCUGCACCCGGAGGUGACCUCCACGGGACGGCGCGUGGAGGCGUACGUGACCCACCUGACGGACGAUGACUACCUGCUUGGAGGGGCGCCUGCGUGCUGGCCGCCAGCCUCGCGGCCACUGGCACCACGCGGCCCUUGCUGGCGAUGGUCACCGACGGGGUCAGCGCGGAGGGCCGCAAGCUUCUUCACGAAGCAGGAUGGGCCAUCGUCGACGUUAACUUGGUCGGCUUCGAGGACAGG